CGCCGCGCUCUCCAUUCAUAAAUUCUCCGCCUGCUCCGCGGCCACCGGGCACCGGAGCCCGCCGGGAACGCCGCGCAGCCGCCCGCCCGCCCGCCCCCCAUGGGCCGCGCGCCCCGGCGCUGAGCUUCACGAUGCAGCCCACGCCCACCACGGCCACUGCCGCCGGCGCCGCCACCACGGUUGCCCUGACCUCGAGGUGGGACAACGCCACCGGCAGCCCCACCGCGGAGCCUGACCCCAUCCUGGACAACUACGUGCUGCUGGUGGUGGUCAUGUCGCUCUUCGUCGGUGGCGCGCUAGUGGUGCUGUCCGGCGUGCUGCUCCUAUGCAGGCGCUGCUGGGAGGCCCACCGGCGCUUCAACAGAGCGACGGAGGAAGCAGAGAAGACCACCACCACCUACCUGGACAACGGUGCUCACCCGGCCCAAGACCCCGACUUCAGGGGGGAGGACCCUGAGGGCCAGGAUGCCGAGACGGAGCGCUUCCUGUCCACCAGCUACACCGGCCGCCGGGUGUCCUUCAAUGAGGCAGCCCUGUUUGAGCAGAGCCGGAAGUCACAGGACAAGGGCCGCCGGUACACCCUGACGGAGGGGGACUUCCACCACCUGAAGAAUGCCCGCCUCACCCACCUGCACCUACCACCCCUCAAGAUCAUUACAAUCCACGAGUGCGACCUGGGUGAAGUCAGCACAACCACCCCUCCCCACGCUGCUGCCACCCCCAAGGCCAACCUCGCCAUAUUCCAGCCCCCGGGGAAGGCCCUCACCGGCCGCUCCGUGGGCCCCAGCUCCGCCCUGCCAGGUGACCCCUACAACUCAGCCGUGGGCCCUGCUGACUUCGAGAUCAGCCCCUUGGCAUCCAGCGACUCCGGGGAAGGCACCUGGUUGGAGGCAGGUACCGGGAGCACUAAGCCUGUUGGGCCAGUGGCCAUGACAGGACCCAGGGAGGCAGGCCCAGGCUCCGGGGCCGGACCUGUCCUGCAGUUCUUUACCCGCCUGCGGCGCCAUGCCAGCCUGGAUGGGGCCAGCCCCUACUUCAAGGUCAAGAAGUGGAAGCUGGACCCCAGCCAACGGGCAUCCAGUCUGGACACUAGAGGCUCCCCCAAGCGGCACCACUUCCAGCGGCAGCGAGCAGCCAGCGAGAGCACAGAGCAGGAGGAGGGGGACGCCCCCCACGUGGACUUCAUCCAAUACAUCGCCAGCGCAGGCGAGGCUGUGGCCUUCCCGCCCCCCCACCCCCUUCUGGCCAGCCCCACCAGCCCAUCCCCCACUCUCGGCAGGCUAGAGGCAGCCGAGGAGGUGGGCGCCACGGGAGGAGCGAGCCCCGAGUCCCCCCCAGAGCGCAGCGGCGGUGCGGGGCCUGAGCAGCCGCAGCAGGAAUCUGAUGGUGAGCGGGACUCGGGGCCAGAGCAGGCCCAGACCAUCUACCGGGAUAUCUGGAGCCUGCGAGCCUCUCUCGAGCUGCACGCCGCGGCCGCCUCGGACCACAGCAGCAGUGGCAACGACCGCGACUCGGUGCGCAGCGGAGACAGCUCGGGCUCAGGCUCCGGGACCACCGUGCCCACCUUCCCACCGCCCUCGCCGCCGCCCACGCCUCGGUCCGCGGAUAGCGAGGCGGGAGGUCCGCGGAAGCUGCUUCAGAUGGACAGCGGCUACGCCAGCAUCGAGGGCCGCGGCGCGGGCGAGGACGGGCUCCCCAGCGCGUCCGAGAAGCGCUCUUCCUUCACCAGCGCCGGCCGCACGGCCACUGUGGGCAGCAGCUUCGAGGGGGCGCUGGCGCCCACUGAGGCGCCCGCCCGGCCCCGCAGCCCCCGCGCUUGGCCCCGCCGCGCCCCCCGCCGCGACUACAGCAUCGACGAGAAGACAGACGCGCUCUUCCACGAGUUCCUGCGCCAUGACCCGCACUUCGACGACGCGCUGCCCUGCGCCACCCGCCACCGCGCGCGCGCGCACCCGCACCCCCACGCCCGCAAGCAGUGGCAGCAGCGCGGCCGGCAGCACAGCGACCCCGGCGCGCGCGCCGCCCCCCCCGCCCCGCCUGCGCCCCCAUUCGGCCCCGACUCCCGUCCCGCACGCGCACCUCUGCGCCGAGGCGACAGUGUCGACUGCCCGCCUGAGGGCCGCGCGGGCGAUGACCCGGCUGCGCCCGCUAUCCCUGUCAUCGAGGAGGAGCCCGGCGGCGGCAGCGGCAGCGGCAGCUGCCCCGGCUCGGGCCUGUGCGUCGGGCCCCCGGGAUCGCUGCUGGACAAGCUGGCGGCUGGCAUCGACGACAGACUCUUCCCGCCGCGCCUCGCCCAGCCCAUCGCCACGGCUCCUGCGCUGGCCGCCGCCGCCGCCGCGCCGACGUCUCCUGACCAUAGCCCGGCCUAAGCCCUGCGUCCCGCGCCCACCUCGUCAGCUUCUCCCGCGCGGCUCGGGACCUCCGCCGCCGGACGCGCCUGGGGCGCGACGCUCCGGCGGGCACACGCCGGGGCCGCGGGGCUGCGCACAAGCACGCGCACGGCCUCUAGCCGCCCCCCAGGUGCGCAUGCUCACGUCCUCGGGACGCCCUCGAGCCGCCCCCGGUGCGCCCGCGCGCAGUCCCCACCGGGCACUGAGCCGCGUCCCUCUGUGGCUCCUCAAAGUGCGGGGCUGGACCGGAGGGAGCGGGGCAGGUUCUCAUCUUCGAGCCCCGGAGGACUACGUUCAUCCGCCUUUGGCCCCAGACGGCAGCCUCUGGGUGGGGGCGUCUUGGGCACAGAGCACCGGGAGGCGCACGCCCAGGACCUGCACCUUGGAGAGUCCGGGUGGAGGAACAGAGUGAGGCGCUUGCGCGGGGCGCCCCUACCGACCGGGGCCAGCGGAGCCUCGAGGGGGCUCGGGCUGCACGCGCCGGAGUCUGCAGCGGGGCGCAUGCGCCGAGCCCGCGGGGACCCAGACUGCGGGGGCGUGGAAGACGGGCGACGGGCGCGCUCACUCUGGGCGGGCAGGUUGGGUGGAGGCCGCAGCCGCCAAACCCCUGAAGCUGUUUACCUCAACGCGGCAUGUGCUCGCGGCAGUCUGCGCCCCCUCCGAGCAAUAAACCACAGCCCGCGCCGCCCCCUCCCGCCCACCGUGUCCCAAGUCUCCGCGCCCGCCCCAAGCAUGUGAGUGGGCCACCUGCCCGCCCCGCACUUGCACCGUCCAAAGAGCUGCCAGAACUCAUUAAUGUUUGGAGACACACAAAACCCAAACGGCCAAGGUUUCAAGUUUCCCAAGCUUUAUUUAUUGCCAAAAGAUGGGGCAGCCCUAGCCUGCGGCCGAGUCGCCCCGCCCCGCCCCGCCCCUCGGAGCUUCGUGCCGUCUGUGUACCAUCCAGUGAUGGAGUUUCUUGUGUUUGUUUUCUGGUUGAUUAUAAAUAUUUACUGCACACUCUUGCUUAGUCCGGGUUUUCUCUGGGGACCCAGGAGCACAGAGACC